ACCAAAUUUUGCUCCCUGCGUCUGAUAAAAGCUGUCUUUCUUAGUAUCGUUCACAAGCUGAUACACCCUGCUGAAAAUGCAACACGCUCACAUUUCCUGCUGCAGCUUACCGCAGGGACUCAGACUCAAAGAUUUACUGAGCUGACACCGAGGACACAACAUCAUGGGGAGCCAGUGCUCUGCACUCUGUAAAAAGGGAAAUGAGUGUGACCAAAAGAAAGAUGAGGUUUCCACCACAGUGAAAAGUAGAGAGGUGUCUCCUCUCCUGCAGAGAAGGUCGUCUCAGCAGGAGGAGGGAGGAGCCUUAAAGGAGACAACAGAGGAGGGGACUUUAAGGAGGCAAGAAGAGGAAACUUCCUCUGAAAAAUGUAGUUGUAAUGAUAAGAGCAGCACUCUGGCACAUGAAUACACUGUCAUUGAAGUUAACAGCCAAAGUCCUUGCCUCUCUGAAACCCAUGAACUUGCUUCAGCCAAUACGGAGGAGAAAGAGGCUAACUGGGUGGACAACAACAGGGCCAAGCUGAUUCAGAACGUCACUUUAGUGAUAAAAAUAGCGGAUGAGAUGCUCCAGAGGAACAUAAUGCAGGAAGAGAUGUACAGCAACAUCGAGGCUGCCCGGACCAGCCAGGAGCAGAUGAGGUUGCUCUACAGGACCCUCACAUCUGUAAAAGCUAAAUCUGCCUUCUAUAACAUCCUUCGGGAGGUUCAGCCAGAGACAUGUGAAACUGAAGAAGUUGUCAAGGAAGUCAUCAAAAAGCACAAAGCAUAUCUGAGGGAAAAGUUCAGAUAUGAGUUUGAAGGCACUGAGAAAGAUCCCAUGGAUGCAAAAUCACUGGACAAAAUUUACACAGAGCUUCACAUUAUACAGGGAGAGAGUGAACGUAUCAAUGUAGAACAUGAGAUCUGGGAGAUUGAAGAUAAGGCAAAGUGUCAAACAGCUGAGGGCACGAAAAUCAACUGCAAUGACAUCUUUAAAAGCACACUAGAAGAUAGUGUAUCAUCUGAGCAAGACAGAGGAGAAGUAAGAGCUAUCAGGACCGUGAUGACCAAAGGAAUUGCCGGCAUUGGAAAAACUGUCUCAGUGAAGAAGUUCAUCCUUGACUGGGCAGAUGGGAGCACCAAUCGGGACCUGGACUUCAUCUUUGUGCUACCAUUCAGGGAGCUAAAUCUGGUCAUAGAUGAUCAGUUUAGCCUUGAGACACUUGUGAGAGAGUUCCAUCCAGAACUUAAGAACAUAUCAGUUGCAAGAAUAUUCACUAAUCACAAAGUUCUGUUCAUUUUUGAUGGUCUUGAUGAAAGCCAGCUUCAACUGAAUUUCAAAACAGCCAAAAGAUUGGUAGAUGUCACAAAGGAAUCAUCAGUGGACACUCUGGUGACCAACCUCCUCCGGGAGCAUCUUCUUCCGUCUGCUCUUGUCUGGAUAACCUCAAGACCAGGAGCCAUUCAGCGCAUCCCUCGCCAGUAUAUAUACCAGUGGACUGAGGUCAGAGGAUUUAAUGAUCCACAAAAAAUACAGUACUUCAGAAAGAGAGUUGAGGACAAGGCGGUUGCUGAGAGAAUUAUCAACAACAUUAUGAUGUCCCGGAGCUUAUACAUCAUGUGUCACAUACCUAUCUUCUGUUGGCUUGCAGCAAAAGUUCUUGCACACUUGCUGCUAAAAAUGGACAAAACUCAAGAUGAAGACAUAAAGAUACCCACAACUCUCACUGAGAUGUACACGCACUUCCUUUGCAUUCAAAUGCAGGUAGCUACCGAAAAGUACGACAAACAAAAUGAAUCAGAUACAGAGGCGAUCUUUAAGUCGAAUGAAGGAUUCAUUUUUCAGUUAGGCAGGAUGGCAUUUGAACAUCUGAAUGAAGGCAAAAUUAUAUUUACCGCCAAUGACCUGAAAAACUACGACAUCGACAUACACAAAGCUGGAGUUAACUGUGGGUUGUGCACAGAGAUAUUCAAAGAAGAGAGUGUGUUCAACACAAAGAAACUCUACUGCUUUGUGCAUCUGACAGUCCAGGAGUACUUUGCUGCUCUCUUUGUGUACCACAGUUUUGCAAGAAAGAAAAUAGAUUCUCUAAGCCUCAAGGAUUUCCUGCUCAAAGGAUCUGACGAAGAACUCAAGCCUAUCCUGGAUGCACAUCCAGUUGAUUUACCUUUGGAUGAGCUGAUGGAAAUUUCAGUAGCUAAUUCAACUCUGAGAAAGACAGGAGAACUGGACAUGUUCCUCAGGUUCCUUAUUGGCAUGUCGCUACGAUCAACACAAGAACUGCUUCAAGGCCUGAUUCAGCAGGAAGAGGAACACUCUACAGUUGUUAAGGAAAUUAGGACAAGUCUCUUAGAAAUAGAUUUGGGUGACUGCUCACCUGAAAGAUGUCUGAACCUUGUUCACUGCCUGAUCGAGCUGAAAGAUAGCUCUCUACAUGAUACUGUACAGAAGUAUCUGAAACCAGAUCAAGCUCCAGAAACGCAGCUCUCCCCUGUUCAGUGCUCAGCCCUGGCCGACUCAAUUCUCAUGUCAAAUACGCCUCUAGAUGAAUUCAACCUGAAGAAAUACAGACCAUCAGUAAAGGGUAUUUUUAGGCUUGUCCCAGCUGUGAGGAACAGCAGAAAAGUAAGAAUCUCAGGGGUGGAUCUUACAUCUUGGCUUUGUGAAACAAUCUCCUCAGGUCUUCGAAUGCCAAACUCUGUGCUAACUGAACUGCACCUGACAAACUGUGUCUUUUAUGAGAACGCUCUUGAGAGCUUCAUUGAGGGACUGCUAAACUCUCAGUGUAAACUAGAAGCUUUGAGUCUUUCAGGUGGGGGACACUCACAAUCACAGUAUGAAAAGUUGGCAUCAGCUAUCAAAUCAUUCAUCUCGCAUCUAAGGGAACUGGAGCUGAGUGCCAAUGUACUGGGAGGUUCAUUGUGCUCUGUGCUUUCUGUUGUGCUGGGCAGCCCUACACUGGAGAAGCUUAGACUGAACAGAAAUUCUAGGAUUGCAAAAAUCUGUGAGGUGUUGGUGACGGCGCUCACAUCAAACCCAAGCAACCUGAGAGAGCUGGAGCUGAAUGAUACCAGUUUGAAAGAUUCGGAAAUGGAGAUCCUGUCUACUUGGCUGAUGAGUGCAAACUGCACUCUUGAGGUAUUUAGUCUCAGUCAUAACAGCCUUACUGAGAAUGGCUGUAAGACACUGGCCUCAGCACUCAGCUCUGAAUCUUCCUGCCUUACAAAGCUGGACCUGAGCUACAAUGACCUGCAGGACUCAGGAGUGAUGGCACUCUGUGAUGCACUGACAAAGCCACACUGUUGUUUGCAAACACUCAGGCUGUCAUUCUGUAAAGUGACAGGAGAUGGAUGUGCCGCCUUGGCCUCAGCUCUGAGGUCUGACCACUGCACCCUCAGGGACCUGGACCUGAGCUUUAAUCACCUGACAGAUCAAGGAGCCAAGCUCCUGACUGAAAUACAGAUGGAUUCACACUACAGUCUAAAGACACUCAAUGUGGACCAAAAUGAAGAAUGCUGGUUUGACCUGAAGCUACUGAGACAGUCCAGGCCAACAUGCAUUCGACAUGCGGAGCAGCAAUACAAAAGGCCUGUUUCCACUGAAGAAGUUCCUGGUACUAUUUGGGGGGCAGGAACUACUACGGGAACGUCCUCUCGCUCGGCCCUCUCAACCGCCGUGUCUCCACGACAGCGGAGUAGGAGGAAGGUUCCUGUAAAGUUACCGGGCUCUGUAUGUGACGUAUUGUUGUGCGACCAUUUUGACCGGGGCGACGUAGGGGCGUAGGAACGCCGUUAGCUGUUAGCAGUGUCUGUAAUAACUCCGGUCACGGUCCGUGACAAAAAUAUUUUUUCCAGAGGGUGUCUUAGUUACAACAUGAUUGAGCUAACUGGAGUAGUUUCAUGUCGUAUCCGACAACGGGAGGUUUUUAACAGAUGAUGUCCUGAUAUUAGCUUUGCUGCUGCUGUUAGCUGUCCCUGUCAGCUGAUGCUUUCUAGACAUCGUGAUUUCCCAAAACUGAAUACAUACCAGACAUAGCAACACAAAACUGCUUUGCUAGCUCAAUCAUGUUAUAACUAAGAUAUCCGCUGGAAAAAAUAUUUUAUUCACGGACCGUUUAUUGAGUUAUUACAGACACCACUAACAGCUAACGGUUAGCCCAGCUAAUCUACGAUAACCAUGUUAUUAAUUACAAAACGUCACAUCCUGCCUUGAGUGUAUCCAAUCAGCACCAAGUAAUCCACAAGCCCCAGCCAGGAGUUUCUCGGGGCCGUUCCGAGUACCUACUCCGAGGCAGGGACUUGUUUAACCCCUGUAAAAGUUCUGGAACUCUGUCCUUCGGCGGUGGUUCCUGCGGUGGAGACACGCACCAACGGCCCCAGCCCUGUAAAAUUUCCCCAAAGUUCCUGCGGUGGAAACAGGCCUAAAGUAAACAUAGAUAAAAUACAAUAGUCAUUAUGAAGGUGUUAAUAAAAUGUCAGAACAUGCAGUCACAGGUUAGCAAUCCCCCAAUCCCAAAUGGAUCACUUACAGACUCGUUGACUAGCUAAGGGCCAAGACAAGGGCUAAGGGGAAGAAAUGGAAUUGGUCCUAGGUCUGUAAGGGCUUAUGACUUAAGUCAAUGAGUCUGUAAGGGAUCCGUUUGGGAUUGGGGGAAUAUGUUCAUGUGAAAAAAAUGACAUUGGGUUUGUCCCCACUGACAUUUCUCAGCCACUCAGGAAUGAAUAUUUUCUGUGGCUAUGGUAUAUGCUCUUCUUAAGAAGAGAUGUGCAGUUCUUCCCACUCUGCGUUACUCAACUUAAAAUGCGAUGAAUGACUGAUGGAGAUAAUCAGGUACUUAGCAUCUUGUGCAGUCUGGUCUGCUUUCCUUCCCCACUGCAGUUACAGCAUUUCACUUUAAACAAGUAUCACACCUGCAAAAAUACUUAACCAAUCUGAACAGCAUGCCAAAUGAAUAGUGCAGUCAUUAGCACUAUUCGGACAGGGUUAGUUUUACAUGGGCACGUGGGGUAAUGUCACUUUACCACAGGACAUCGGUAAUAUUAAUGGCCGAUUCGCACAGGAUAAGAAAUAUCAGUAAAACUACCACAAGUGGGAGGGGCAAAUCCAUUCACGUACCGCCGCCCCCUCCUGUCGUCAUGUGCGUAUGACGUUGCUUCCUGUGCGUACCACACUCGAACACAGUUGAAUCAUGUUCGUCAUAGGCCCACAGUACCUGAGGUUUCACACGGACUUGUCCGACUGUGAAGUACAUGCAAAACUGAGUGCUUCUUCAAGAGCCUCCACGCUUGAAAAUCUGCGAAAAACCACUUGUAAACAGGAUAUGACGAAAUAUCUACACACACAUAUUUACUGCUGGUCUAUUCGCACGGGAUUAGUAUUACCUGAGGUAAUCUUCCGGGACCCUUUUACAGAAGGUAAAAGUCGCGGUAAUCUUUACUGACAUCGUGCGGUAAUGAUUACUGACAUGGCAUUCGGACGGGACUAAAAUCUCUGGUAAUUAUUACUUUACCCCACGUACCUAAAAAACCUGUAAAACUAAUCCCGUUCGAAUAGGGCUAUUGACUAAAAAUCAUCACAUGCUAUAUAACACAACCUUGUUUCAAGUUUGGUGACUUAACAUUUUCAUAUUAUGUGGUGGGGUUUGAUCACGAUGUAGCACAUCUCUAAUUUGAUGGUACUCAAACAAUCAGAGAUCAAGACCCACACUUACGGAGCAAUUGCACUGCACUAAUGAAUUAUUUCUUCUGUUCUGAUUGCAGAUGCCUGUGAUCUGACACUGGAUCCUAACACAGCAGGCGUGAAUGCAAUUUUGACAGAGGAGAACAAAAAGGCGACACAUGUUCAUGAGAAUCAGCCAUAUUCUGAUCAUCCAGACAGAUUUGACAGCUGUCA